CCUUGUACUUUUCCUGGGUCAGAGCUUAACGAAAGCUUGACCAAACGGCAGCUGCAUUGGAGCUUUUCUUUUCUGAUCAGUACUUCGUACAUGUACUUCGACGCGUAAACCUUACAUGCGUCUUCCUUCUCUUUGUCUUAUUCAUUUUUCCUCAACUGCACAAACCCUCAUGUCGUGAUUGAACGACACGUCUCAAUUGACAAUGUUGUUCCCUGAGAGAGACGCGCCUCUGCUCAGGCAAUGGAUUAUCCGUCGCCUUGCAAAUACGUCUGACGCGGAUGCCGACGUGCUUGCAGAUUAUGUCUUAGCCCUCCUACGACACGAUGGUGACGUUGGUUCCAUUCGCAAAAUAUUCGAGGAUGAAAUUCCGGACUUUCUAAGAGAGGAUGCCGCUGAAUUCACCAAUGACGUCUUUCAAGCCAUCAAAUAUCGCUCCUAUUUACCGGGAGCUCCUCCUGCACCUUCCGCCCAUAUUGUCAUCCCUCCUCUACCCGCAGCCCCAACAAACGCCCAACCCUUACCUCACCUAAAGGCCCAAAUCCCAUAUCCCCCGAACUUGUCAAAUCUAGCAGCGCCUACGUAUGCCCCGAGCGGUUCGAAGAAACGUCCAUAUAACGACCGAGAUGAUGAGGUUGAUAUUAUUCUGAAUGGCCAGGGUUCAUACCCUCACCCAUUCAAGCAACCUCGAAGAGACACUGGUUUCAUACAACGUGGACGAUUUGACAAUCCGUACGGGUCAAUCGAUCGACCUACGUUCCCUCCCAGCACAUUUCACACAUUCUCCGACCCCAAUCGCCCCAGCUUACCACCACCACCAUUGCCUCAACUUUCACAAUUCCAACCCCAACACGAUCAGCAUAUGGCACAGAUGAAUCCAAAUAUGUUAAACCAGUUGGGCUUCACAUUCUCACAAGAAGAUAAUCUACCUAAACCAGUGUAUUCUGGAACUAUCCCCACACCACGCCGAAGAAAGAGAUGCAGAGAUUAUGAUACGAAGGGUUAUUGCUCCAGAGGUAACAAAUGCAGAUUCGAUCAUGGCAUGGAUUCGUUAACAUUACCUCCACUUGGUCCGUCAGCAGGCGACGAAUACGACCCAAGCAACGCGAUCUUCACGAUGCCCCUACCGAAUAUUCACCAGAGUCUUUUGCCAAAGUCGCAAUCAUCCAAUUUACCUCCGUUUCCAGCUACCCCUCCAAAUAAUCGUCGAGAUGCAAACAAGGGACCAAAACGCAUGAAAGGAAAGGUACCUUUUGCUGCUGUUGGGUCUGUUAAUGAUAAAUCCAAGACGUCCCUUGUAGUCCAGAAUAUCCCCCUCGAAUGCUUUACCGACGCUAAAAUCCGCGAGUAUUUCUCCCAAUUUGGCAAUAUUUUAGAGGUCUCAAUGCAGACGCCCGAUCCGCUAGCCAUCGUCAAAUUUGAUACCUGGGAUGCCGCUCAUGCGGCUUGGAGCUCUCCCAAGGUAAUAUUUGACAAUCGGUUUGUCAAGGUGUUUUGGUAUAAGGAUGAGGCUGAAGCUGGAUCGGCUCCGAUAAAUGGGAAGAUUAAGAAGAUCAAGACUGAGACAGACAUGAACGGUGACUUCCCUGCCGACAGCGAUACUCCUAGUGCCGAGCCGUUUGAUAUGGAUGAGUUCCUCCGCAAACAAGAAGAGGCUCAGAAGGCCCACGAGGAAAAGAGCAAGAAGCGAGAGGAGCUGGAACGCCAGCGCCAAGAGUUGGAGGAACGUCAGAAAGAGCUUCGUGCGCGACAGCUUGAGGAGAAGCUCAAGCUUCAAGCUAAGCUAACCAAGAAUGGCGGAAAUGAGACUACGGUAGCGGCAGAUGGAGCCAAGAAACCUGUGUCGCAGACGGAUGCUCUUCGGGCGCAAUUAGCUGCGCUGGAGGAGGAAGCUAACGUGCUAGGAAUCGAUCCAGAUGCCGUUAAGGACGAGUUUUCAUCCUGGAAUCCUAGAGGUCGUGGUAGAGGCAGCCGAGGUUACCGCGGCCGUGGGCGCUUUGUAACUGGAGCCUAUCGAGGUGCACAUGGCUUCCAGGGCAGAGGAGGUGUCGAAGCUAGACACGCAGCGUACGCCGUGUAUUCCUUGGACAACCGGCCAAAAGUAAUUGUCCUAUCUGGGGUGGAUUUCACGAAUCCGGAGAAGGACGAAGCCCUCCGACAGUAUCUUUUCGGUAUCGGCGAAUUCAAGGAGAUACACACAGACCCGAAAUCAACUCAUGUUACCUUCAAAGACCGAAAGACGGCGGAACAAUUCAUGUUCGGGGUAUCUGCAAAUAAUGCUAUUCCUGGACUUGACGACAAGGUCGAGAUCGCCUGGACCGCCUCUGCACCCCAAUCUGAGAAGAAGGUAACUGCUGAUGACGAUGUUCCUAUGACGACUGGUGUGGAGGAUGAGCAGACAGGUCAUGACAAAACUACUACCGAGGAUAACGGUGUAAACGCUGAGUUGGAGGAGGGUGAAGUCGACAAUUCUAACUCGCAAGAUCAACACGACAUGGAUUAUGAAUCAGGUCAAGGUUGGGAUAUAUCGUAAGGCGUCGCGAGGUGGUUAUUUGCAUGUCCCGCGGUUUACUAAUAUAGGAGAGCAACCUGUGUAAUGGCACUAGUCUGCUGUUAAGGAUAUUCUGAACUUGCAGUUAGAAUUCAAUGCCUUACGAAUACGGCCCGUGAGUGCCGCAGAGCUGUUACGAUGUAUAUAUUCUAUUCUCCAGCAUUCAGGUUGAGGGACAACCUAAAGAGUUAAUAAACGUGGUAUGGCAGUGAGCAUGUUUUUUGCUGGUGGGGAU